AUGGCUAUCUACAUCCUUGCGCGCCGCUGUGCAGGAGGCGCAUGGACGCGGCUGGAAUCCUCUCUUAACAAGAUUCAAGCGACUCUGACGAACCUCCAGCUAUCUGUCCCCAUAGUCACGGUCACUCCAUCAUCCUGCUCAUCGACACAACGCAAGCAGAUAGAGGAGGCGGUGAGCGUGCGGUUCAACUAUGUCACAGCCGCUCAGGCGCCGUGCUGCUGUCCAUUUGCGAAGCCCUGGUCUCCCUGGUCUCCCGAGGAGCCGCCCAGGUUCAGCUGGGGAAGGGCCGAUGUGGUGGUCCUCCCCGUGCAGGCCAUCGAGUGGCUGGCGGGUGGGGUCCUCUGCGGCGACAUCAACAUCGUAAUCAAGACAUCCAAGACGGACUACAUCUUCGUCCCUGAGGCAGCCUGGAAGGAUUGCCAGGAGCGGUUCGGUGCGGAGCUGUUUGAAGGGUAUAAGCUGCGCGUCACGUCGGGCACGACGACUAGUGCACUGCUGUCCAUGAUUGACUCAGUCAUUGCGCUGUACGAGGCCAAGACCGAGAAGGCCCUGAAGGACGGCCUGCCGAGUGUGCGUGCCCAGGCGCUGCUCGAGUAUCUGGCGAUCAACCAGAUGAAGGACUGGCCGACUGACGACGUGAUCGUGCUGUUCGGUGACCUCAACCGACACUACGUGGUGCACGCCGGCCGCAAGGAUACAGACGCGCCAAAGAGAUCCAUUCACGUGGCGGGGCCGGCCCCACUUCCCGCUGUGCUGGAGGAGUCCCCCUCUACAGCGGCGGACAGGAGCCCUCUGAGCUCAACGCUUGGGUUCAUACGGGCUCUGCUGGAGACAAGCCGGACUGAAGAGGCCAGCAGUACCGGUGGAGGUUUGGGGCGAGGGGCCACCAGGAACGAUGAGGGAGGUUCUGGCAGCGGCGGGCAAGGCGCCACCAACAGCCACAGGGAAGGGGCCCACGGUAGCGGGGGAGGCGCCAGCGGCAGUGGAGGCAGGGGGGCUGGCAGUGACAGCGGCCAUAGUGAUGCCGCCGAUGCCGCCGACACCUGGGCGGGGGCUGGCAGCGGCAGGAGGCACAGAAGGUCUGGCAGCAGCGGCGCUGACAGCUCAGGCGGCUCAGUUGGCGGAGAGAGCUUUGACGGGGAUGAGGGGAUUCUGGAGGCGGCGCGGGACAACACGAGUGCGCAGGCCUUCAUGUCGCUCCUGCGGCUGCCUGAGGUGUACGAGCCGCUGGGGUUCAAGGAGCCGCCCAAGUCCUUCCGACCCCCAACGAAGGAGGAGUUGCUGGCCAGGUUCCGGCCUUUUGAGGUCAUCCAUACCGCAGCACUACCGCAGCCUCUGCCGCAUGCACUGCUGGCGGUGACAAGGUGCUCCCCGGCAGCACGGGGCAUCACUAAGCCGCGCUGUCCUGCCGUCGCAUCCUUCCACCACCGCUGGGGUGGGCAUGAACAGCAGGGGCUUGGCACCAUUGAGCUGGGCCACUGGGUGUGGCGGGACUCUGGCGGUGUGGGUGUGGGUUUGUACCUGAGCCUCGACCGGGCACAGCGGGAUGGCAAGAUGGCUGGGAGCUGGACCUUCCGGGACUAUCGCUCCAUAGAAAACGUCCUCAUCGGGCUUCAAACUGCAGAGCUGCAGGAGCCGCCCAUCACAGGCAGUGUGUCGGAGUUGUCGGAGGUCAAGAGCAUGAGCAGUGCUCCCGCUGUACUGAUGUGGCAGGAGGCUGGCUGGCAGCGGCAACGUGCAGCCGCCAGCAGCGACUGCUGCGCACAGAGCUGUACAACUAGGCUGUGGUGGCGGGGCGGUAGCUGCAGCCGCGCGCGGAACCGCGUGGCGGCGCUGCUGGUGGUGCUUGGUCGACCGCACGGACACAGUUCGCGCGGCUUGCGGCGGGCCUAUUCGAACGCUGUGCCGAGUGGAAUGGCUAUGGGAGCUGCCACUGCUGCUUCUCCCGCAUCGAUAGCAAAAUCUCCGAUAUUCGAAGCCAACAAAGCUGCUCUGAAGGCCCGACUUCAGAGUUUGGAGACGCCGAACGUUCCAGAUUUCGACGGCAAAGGACCUGGUGGCGGCACCCGAGGAAGCGGUGCAAGGACAGCGCAUGGCGGCGGCAGAGGCGGAGGCGGAGGUGUUACAUCAGGUGCCAAGGUGGGCAGGCACACGGUUCCAGGAGCUAGGUCGGGGGCCCCAUCGCCGGCUGUAGCAACACCAGCACUAGCAGCAGUAGCAGCGGAGGCGGCAGGGGGUGGCAAGUACGUGGCGGAGGUGCAUAAGGAGGCUACACCCAGCGUGGAGAUCAAGGGCGCCCCCGGCGGCGGUCCCUCCCCCCACCCUAUCGCGCUACGCGAUGUCCAAGCCCUCGUGACGUGGGUGCUCUCCCCCGCGGGCAACCUGGUGGAGUCGCCCAGGUGGGCCUUUGUGAAGAACAAGCCGCUGGUCCAGGGGGUGGUGCUGGUGCUGGCCUCGGGCUUGAGCAGCGCCAUGAUGAAGGAAAAGCAGCACCUGCUGCCGUUUCUGUCGAACCUGGGUCAACCGGCUGUCGUACACAUCUCGCCGCAAGCUAAACCCGUGGAAGGCACGGAGGACGGGGGAGGGGAGGAGGACAAGGAGGAAGCAACCGCUGGCGGGUCAGCGGCGGCGACGGCGGCGGUUGCUAGCCUUGCGCCGCCAAAAGGUGCCGCGGCGGAACGGCGAGGGAAAGGCGGUCGGGCUCCACCGCCGCCGCCGCCGCCGCCGCCGUCGGUGCAGUUGCCUCCAGGUCCCUUCCCGCCCUCGCACUACGUGGCAUCAUUGAACGAGCUUAAGCAACAUAACUACCCGUUGCCGUACUUGGAGGAGGAGGAGGAGGGUGAAGGGGGGACGGGGGGAGAGGAACGAGGAGGGGAGGAAGAAGGUGGCGGCGGCGCGCGGAGAGGCCCGCAGAGGCGGCUUGUAUGUCCUCCGGGCUUUGUGGCGACGCGACCUUCGGGUAAUAAGGACCUAAACAGGAUGCGGGUUCGGCUGUACGAGCAAAAAUGCAAGCGCUGCAUCAAGGACUCUGGCCUCCCUCCCUGGACUCUGGUGAUCGGGACGGAGUCCUACUUAGUAGGAAGUGGUGUUGUUGAGAAAGGAGGAAAAUCGAGUCAUCUAGUAUGGGUCAAUCCAACACAGAUGGAUAACGGUACCGACCUUGAGGAUGGCGAGUUGCCGGGCGAAGUCGCAGACGGCCACGAAACAUUUGCGGACCCGCUGCGCAAGCAACGCAAGAUUAACCACGGCGACCACGCUGGAAAGCAUGGUCGGCACGGAACCGAUGCUGGUCACAGGCCGGCGUUGAAGCCAGAACCGUACAAUCAGGCCCGGCACAGUCUCCAAAACCAAGGACGCCGUGAUAAUACAUCAGCAGACUACAGCGCCGCGCUACUUAGAAGAGAAUACCAACAACACGAGCAACACGAACAUGCCCAGCAACAACCCAGCCGAUGUAUAUGGAAAGUAUGUCCUGAACGCGACCAAGGGUCGUUAUGUGCAGACGGGAGCAACUGGAUUCUUGGCCGUGCGCGAGCAGCAUCACCAACAUCACCAGCAUGACCUUGGCCCUCGCUGCCCAUCAUCGGAAUCGCAACAUUGCUGCUGCUUCGACGCCCUUUUGCUUCAAAAAGGUGAACUGUAAUAAAACACGCCAGCUACUUGUUAAAGAUGCGGCACAACAGCAAACAGACUAACAAACCGAGAAAACCCCGCUCGCCCCCUCCGGGAGGAUUAAAUUACAGCGAUUUUUCAGACAUCUUAUUUCUCCAAGAUGCUUCAACGCGGUUCAUCCAGGUGAUGAUGCUGAUAAUGAUGAAAUUUUUACAUUUCCUGCUAGAUCGACAGCAGGUUAUGAUCUAUUUAAAAGGUAUGGAGAUUGGAUCAGCCUUAGCAGCUAGGUAAGCUCGGGGAGGCAAUCCGCGGCGAUAUCCAACAGGCUCGACGGGACACCAGACACUGCUGCGAGCUAGGGACAGCUUUGGACCGCGGCUGGUGGAUAUGCCUCGUGCCGUUGCACACCUACCGCG